AUGGCAUCAAAACGGUGGCGAGUAUUUAGCGUCAAAGUAUGGUUGGUAGUGGUGUUGUUGGUAGCACAACAUGUAUCGCCGACCCUUGGUUAUUCUUCACCGAUAUGGAGAAGAGGCACCAGUAGUAGUGCGUUUGUGUUUCCUCCGUUCGACCAAAACAAGGAGAGAAAAUCAAGACAAAGACCAUUGUGGACGCAUCAUGCCUUGGCAGCAAGCCAUACGAAUGACGACGACAAUCCAUUAUUAUGGAAUGCCCGACAAUCCUCUCAAAGUCCCUUGUGGACGACGACAACGACAACGACGCCAAGGAAACCCGUCCCCCAAAAGACGGGAGGAUGGAGACUCAAACUAGUUGCCUGGCUGAUGGCACUGCUCAUUACGCUGGCACCGGCGCCAUCGGCACAAGCGACCAGUACUACUACUAGUAUUCCAACUACUACUACUACCAGUAUUAGUCGAAUAAUCCCACGAGUACAAGAAAUGCUGUUACCUGCCACAUUUGGAGAUCACGUGCCACAAAUCAAACCCAAACCCAAUCUAUCAAGACAUCAACAAAAGCAAUGGAUACUUCAACAGCAGCAGUUACAACAGCAACAACAACAAUCUUCUAGUAGUGUCACAAAAAAAUCCAAUUGGUGGUCCUCCUUGGCAACAACAACAACAACUGUUUCCAAGCAAGCACAAACCCCACAGCAACAGCAAGAAUCAUCCAAUGUGGAAACAGUGUGGGGCGAUGAUAUUCAAACGGUGGAUCAACUCCAAGCCAUGACGUUUUUACUGGCGGCUUCCUUUGCCACACAACGACUUUUUCAGCAAUUGGAAGAAGACAGCAACAACAAUUCAUCCGUACUGGACCAAAAGAAGAAAAAGAAACAAGAGUGGAAGGACGUGGAUACACCUCCUCCAGAGAUGAUCGAGUCGGAUGAGGAUGGGAUUGCCGGGAGUUCCUUUUUUGUACCACCAGCGGCCAUUAUGGAAGAUGUCAAGGAGAUUCUCCAAAAAUCUCCCGACGAACCGUCUGCCCUCUUGUUGGAGGAUGAUGAUGACGACGAAGAAUUCUUGGAAGAAGAAGAACUCUUGGAGGAGGAAUUCGAACAACCAGCAGGAGAUGUUCCACCCACGGCACAGCUGCCGCCCUUCUUGAUGGGCAACACCAAUGUGACGGUAGAAUCCUUUCAACAACAACAAGAACAACCCAAUGUGCCAAUGGUGGAAUCCUACACGGACAGUUUGGAGACUCUAUCGUAUCUAGAACAAUUGGAAGCCCGUCGUUCGCCACCACCAAUGACAGAACAAGACGAAACUAGUACCGUCGUCUCGCCAACGGAGACGGAUGCCAGCAUGGACCAUGUGGAGGAGGUCUCCAUAGAAGAACAAGACGACAUUGACCAAGUUAUUGAAGGAGCAGAAGAAGUUGAGGAUCUGGAGGAACAAAUCCUACUGGCUGAUGAGCAGGUGGAGGAGUCUCCCAGUAUCGACUACUUUGAUGAACCCUCUCAAACUACAGAAACAAAAGCAGUGGAAGAGGAAGCUGAGUGUGUUGAGGAACAAACCUUACUAGGUGAUGAGCAGGUUGGGGAUUCUGCCGGUGUUGACUACUUUGAACCCUCUCAAAGUACAGAAACAAAAGCAGUGGAAGAAAAAAAUGAGGACGUCGAGGAACAAAUCCUACUGGUUGAUGAGGAGUCUGCCAGCGUCGACUACUUUGACAAAACCGAAGAAUCAAUAGCAGCAGCUCAAGAAGAAACUGUGGAGCAGGCUGUUGCUUCCGAAAAGGAAAUUGCCAACUCGACCCUGCUAUCAUCUUUGAUGGAAGAGAGCCUCAUGCCGACAGAGGAGCCGCAACAACAACAAACAAAUGAAGAGACGCAAUCCAACGUGACGACGCCAUUGUCGUAUUUUGGGUCACCAACGUCUCUGGUAGAUAUGCAAAACGACAUAUUGACGGGAGGAUCACCACCACCGGACAUUCCCUCGUCAGUGGCCGAAAUGCCCCUGGAGGAGAAGACAGUUUUGGAAGAACUUCUAGGAGAUGUCGUCGAGUUCAACCUUGGAUCGGAAGACACAUCGUCCACGCCCCCUGGUUUGGAGGAGAUGGAUCCGCCUCCUCCUCAAAACGAACUACUGGAGGAAGAAUACAUUGAAACAGCGGGACCGGAAACGCCCAACGGUGAACAGCAACCAGUUCAUUCGGAGCUUGGAAACGAGUACGCGGCAUCGACGCCUCCGUACCUUGAGGAUAUCAUGUCACCCGAGCAAAUGAUGGAAGACGACGUCGAUGGAAUCAAAGACAAUGCAGUCAACAGACCAUCGUACUUUGAGUGGAACCCUCCUGGAAUCAAAGGAGAUGCAGGGUUAUUGACUACUGAUGGAACGUCCAAAACACCGACAGAGUCAUCGAUUGACGACGGAAAGGCCGUGGAUGACAAACCCCUGACGAAAGCAACAUCGAACGUUUUCGCCAACAGCGCAGCACGCGAAGAAUUGACUCGACGUCAAAUGUUGAAGCAGCGGUUGGAUCCGCCGCUGGCGGAACCCUCGACUAACUUUGUCGCCAACAGUGCAUCACGCGACGAAUCGACUCGCCGUCAAAUGUUGAAACAGCGGUUGGAUCUGCAGGCAUCGUCGGCGGCGUCGUCACUUGGUGAACAACAGCAAGAGUUGAAUCAACGGGUCGAACCCUCCACUAAUGAUGUCGCCAACAGCAAACCAGGCGAAGAAUUGACGUUUCGUCAAAUGUUGAAACAGCGGGUGGAACGGCAGUCGUCGGCGGCGGCGUCUCUUGGUGAACGACAAGAAGAGAUGAAUCAAAAUGUCGAACCCUCUACUAAUGUUGUCACCAACAGCGCAUCGCGCGAAGAAUUGACUCGUCGUCAAAUGUUGAAACAUCGGGUGGAUCUGCAGCCGUCCUCGUCGCUUGGUGAACAGCAACACGAGAUGGAUCAACGGGUCGAACCCUCUUCUACUAGCAGCGAAGAAAUGAUGUUUGAAGAACUGGGGCGCGAUCUUUUCGAGAGUCAAAUGGAUCUGGUGGAAGAGGAAGAAAUGGGACCAAAGAAAGUUGAUUUGGCGUUAUCGUCGGACGCUUCCGCGGUUGGCGCCGAAGAAAUAGUCAAGGAAGCGACAAAGGACUUGCUAAAGGCCAAUACCUCGGCUCAAGAAGAGUUGGAACAACUGCAGGCUGAAAUCAUGGCAGACAGUGAUGAGACCCUAGCCAAGAUUGACGAAUUGGAACAGGACAUGCAAAUUGUGAAAACGGAAAUCAUGAACGACAAGUCGAUUCCAGAGUCAGAUGUCGACACUGUCGAAGACUCCGGUCCGAAGGUCUUCUUUUUUGCUACUGCCACGCAGGAAAACGUCUCGAGUCCGAUCAAUUCUGAUGAUGUUGCUCUCUUUGCAGGUGUACUUUCUGAUCCCGACGAUUACUUUUUCCUGAGCCCCCGAGUGGAACCACCCCAACCCAAGGCACUACCCCCACGCGCUCCACUACUGCAAAACUAUCUUCCAAAACCACCCAAGCUGAUACCUCCGUCCUGGACGACACAGCCAACGCACACCCGCGUCCCAUUUCGACCCUUCCGGAAGGAUCCUAAGCCAUACGUCAAGCUCAUUCCCAUCAACGAAAAAGCCGUGGAGCUCACGUCCGGUCUGUUGGGGGCGGCGGUCGGAUUCUCGAUUGGUGGCCCCGUAUUGGGCCUCUUGAGCGCAUCGGCAGCUCAUUUCGUCAGCCGCGACUACGACCGAGCUGGUGACCUGCACGAUAUCACCAAUAUGAUUUCGGAGAGUACCAUUGGGUCUAUCAACGUGGCCGGUGCCGUGCUGCAUACCUUUGAAGUCGACGACUAUCUGUUGGUGUCGUACAAUGCGACAACGGAGAAGUAUCCGCUCUUGAACAGCGCAACCACUGGUACGGCCAAGGUGGCUGAAGAAGCUUUAGGUUUUCUCGGCAAUCUCAACUUUAUGUUUGUAAGUUCGGUGGUGGAUCUAUCCAAAGCAGUGCAGUUGGGCGACCGCACGUCAGCUUUUGUCAACGAAUUGGUGCAAAAGGUUAGUGAAGGCAGUAGCGCUUUGAAGCUACCAAAACCAAAACAUAAAAAGAAAAUGAAGAAUGCACAACCAGGACCAGGACCAUUCGUUGCCGAAGCAAGAGGAGAUCAACCCCAAACCAACCGAAGCAAUGCGUACUUCUUUGACAUGAAGUGA